AUGUCUGCUGCUGUGGGUUGUGGGUCUGUAUCGGGUUCUUGGGCUCAGGUUAAGGACAGAAUUAAUUUGGGGAAUAGAAACUGUAGAAACAAGAAUGGAUUUAAGGUUAGCUGUGUGUUGUCUUCUUCUGCCGUGAGCGAUUCGUACAGGACUCUGAGGAUUCGUCCCGGUGCCUCUGAAUCUGAGGUCAAGAAAGCUUUUAGGAAGCUUGCUCUUCAGAAAUUUGGAUAG